CGUUAACGCGUUCUUUUUUAAACAGAAAUAAAAAAAGAACAGAGACGUUCGAUCGCAUACGAAAGUAAAAAGAGUUUCGCUCGGAAGUCUUGGCAUACAGGGUAAAGGUGGCCGUCAGAGGUAGACGGUGAAGUGGUCGAGGAGAGAGAGUGCAAGGUUUAGGGUAGGACGCAGCUCGCAGGAGCAGUAAUAUCGAUCGAUCCGUCGAGUUCGAGGCUCGACAGGGUCGACUGGGGGUGCUGCAAGUAGAAAAGCUCUCCCAUAAGCAGGCAGGCUGGCUGGCUGGCUGGCUGCCCGGGCACGGACCGUUUCCACUGUCUGUCCGUCCGUCCGUCUCACCUCGUCUUGUUUCGUCUCGUCUCGUCUCGUCUCGUCGCGUCUGUCUCUUGAUCUCUUCGCUUCUUUUAGUGUCACUUCAAAUCUGUCGCGGUCUCGAUAUAAGGCACCCGGUGGACCGCCGUGCGAGACGAGCAAAACCCGGUAACAUCGUUGUGCUCCAGUGCCGGACAAACGACCUACGCGAACAACGCGGUCGUUUCGUAGCUGUGACCUUGAAAGCCAGUGGCAGUGCGUGUCUCUGACCUUGGCGCACGGUUCACCAAGUUCUCCAAUGGCAGCGCGACCACCAAUGGCUUGCUAGCCACAGCUGAUCGAGCGACGGCCAAGCGGAAUUCCGGCGGACGUCGACGGAGAACGUUGCGUCAUCGGCGAUAAUCAGGGACAGGCGAAUGACGCUCUGAAGAAUGAACGUGAAAGAUAGGAUAUCGAAGAAAAUCGUGGAAAUGGAAAUUGGCGAGACUUACAGUGUGAACGAAGAUUUGCAUUAACGAUGGACAGUAAUGGAUUCAGAACAAACGCGCCAGCAGCAGUUGUCGGAUAUUCGCAGAGUAUGAAGAGGAGAAGACUCGACUGACUUCGUAGACGCGUUCGGUGCCAGUUUGGAGGAUGGAGGAGUCCUCGCCAAGGAUUCGUUCCUAUCUGGAAUGCUGGGACCAGAACGAAGACAAGUACUCGGUGGCGAACAGCCAAGCACCGUUGCAAGCUUGCGAGGACGAACAUCCGGAACGUGGCACAUGGACGGGAAAAUUCGACUUCCUGUUGUCUCUUCUGGGAUACAGUGUCGGCCUCGGCAAUGUCUGGCGAUUCCCGUACCUAUGCUACUCGAACGGAGGCGGUGCUUUUCUAAUACCGUUCACGGUGAUGCUCAUUAUUGCGGGACUGCCCUUAAUGUUCAUGGAACUAUCCUUAGGGCAGUACGCGAGCCUUGGCCCAGUGGCAGCUUACAAACGUUUCUGCCCUCUCUUGCGUGGCCUGGGAUAUGGAAUGGUGUUAGUCAGCUCGGUGGUGAUGCUUUAUUACAACUUAAUCAUCGCCUGGACAAUUUAUUACAUCUUUGACUCCGUAGCUGGGGUUGGUAAAUUACCGUGGAGCAAAUGUGAGUCACCAUGGAGCACCGAGGACUGCUUCAUGCCAGAAGCUGCCGAAGCGUGUGCAUCUCAAAAUAUGAGUUAUUUCAAAAGAAAAUGCUUGAACUCUACCCAGAUGGCCUCCAUGGGUCUGACCAUCGAAAAUAUCACCAGUGCCCUUAGAAGACCACCAGCUGAAGAAUAUUUCAACAAUCACGUGUUGGGAAUGAGUAGCGGAAUCGAGGAAACUGGUUCUAUUCGACCCUCGAUGGCAGUGAACCUCCUGUUAGCAUGGGUCAUCGUCUUCCUCUGUCUGAGCAAAGGUGUUCAAAGCUCGGGAAAGGUUGUGUACUUCACUGCUCUCUUCCCAUACUUCGUUUUGAUCGUUCUUUUUAUCCGGGGCAUUCAGCUGCCUGGUGCCAAGGAGGGCAUUCUCUUUUACCUGACGCCCGAUUGGAAAAGACUAAUGUCCGCGAAAGUGUGGGGCGACGCUGCGGUACAAAUCUUCUUUGCUCUGAGCCCAGCUUGGGGCGGUCUAAUCACUCUAAGCUCCUACAACAAGUUCACCAACAAUUGUUACAAGGACUCACUGAUCGUCGCGGUCAGUAACAUCGGCACGUCUUUUUUCGCCGGUUUCGUCAUCUUCUCUGUGAUCGGAUUCUUGGCCCAUGAACUUGAUGUUCCGGUCGCCUCUGUCGUUGAUCAGGGUGCUGGAUUGGCGUUCAUCGUGUAUCCCGAAAGCGAUUUGUUUAAAAAUAAACAGGUGGUAGCUCGAUUACCGGUGGCGCCAGUCUGGUCACUGCUAUUCUUCGUGAUGCUUCUGAGCUUGGGCCUCGAUUCGCAAUUCGCAUUGAUGGAAACCGUUACCACGGCAAUUCUUGAUGCUUUUCCGGCACUGAGGAACUAUAAAAUCUGGGUCGUCCUUGCGGCGGCCGUGUUCGGAUAUUGCGGUGGGAUCAUUUUCACUACCAACGCUGGAAUGUACUGGCUACAACUGAUGGACAAAUACGCAGCCAACUGGUCAGUCCUACUGAUCGCCAUAGGCGAAUGUAUCCUAGUUGCCUGGAUCUACGGUGCAGAUCGUUUCCUCGACGACGUUCAACAGAUGAUUGGACCACGUAGUCGUCUGUGGAGGUUUUUCUGGACGUGGAUGUGGAAGGUCAUUACUCCUGCCACGUUGUUCUUCAUCCUCUUCUUCAAUUGGGUCGAGUAUGAACCCCUCAAAUAUGGAGGAUACGUGUAUCCAAAAUGGGCGGACGUCGUUGGAUGGGUCGUCGGUAUGAUACCCAUUCUGGUCAUCGUUGGAUUGGCCAUCAACCAAUUAAGAGACCCACGUCGUCGAUCAGCCUACGACGACGACGACGACGACGACGACGACCUAGACAGCAGACCUUCAUCCCAAAGACCGGGAAAAGGAAAAACGAAGAAGAGCAAGAGCAAAAGUGUUUGGUGGCGCGCGAAGAUGCUUCUGCAGCCAACUUCCGACUGGGGUCCCGCUGCUCGAAAUCCCUCGACUCCGUCGAGAACUCUCACUCACACACCGUCACCAGGACCACCAGGAGGAUACGAUUCGGUACGGGACACCAUAGUGUUGGUGAACGGUCAACCAAUGAUGGUGCAGCCAUCGAGCACGUCAGGCACCGCUCAGAAGCUUCCUGGACCAUCGAUCCUCAAGAACUCAAGUAAAAGCGACUUAAUCACAUCUCAGCAAGUCUGACACGAUGUUCAUUUUAUCUGUAACGACGAGUCUGCCCAGAAAUCUAUCGCCAAAAAUACAACGCGCCAAUAACAGGUAGUCGAGUAUCUGAUAGGUUCGUAAACGAGUGGCAGUUGAACAAAAGAGGAUGACUACGAAUGUUCCACAAUAGAAGAGAGAUUUCUACGAAUUUAUUUUUUUAAAAGAAGAAUAGCCAGCGUAUUUUUCUGAUAUAUUCCUCAACAAUCCUAGCGCCUUAUACUUUUUUAUUAAUUCGAACGUGAAUCGUCGUUGAUUCAGAUCACUUGGAGAUAUCUUCCGUAAUAUUCUUUCCAUUCGAAGGAGUUCAUUUCAGAUCGUAUCCUUUGAUUCGUACAAAAGUUCAUCAAAAUUCUUUGAACGAAUUCGUUUACAAAUCGUUGCAGUUCUAGAUUCAACGGACGAUUUCAACGUCUUCUAAUUUCUGCAACACCGAAACGGACAAUAUCGAGCGGUUCAUUUAAUUACCAGUAAGUGCAAAAUCGUUUAAGCGUUGAAAUGGGAUCGAAAAUGGCGGCCGAGGAAUGGACGUUGCCCGAGAAAAUUCUGCGAGACGCUCCAAACGUGCUACGACAUGUAACCGUUAAUUACAUGUAACCGUUAACUAGUAAUUACGCUACUCCACUGCUUUCAAUUGUACAUAAGACGAAGAGAAACGCGAGGAAACAACAAUUGAAGAAAGUCACCGAUUGAUUGCCACGUGCAAGCGACACACAAAUGUUCUAGAAAACGAAGAAAAAUAAAUCGCCCAAUGGCACAUCACCGAAGCGAUUUGCUUCCGUGUAAGAUUUAUCUAAGGUAAUGUUACUCUUGCAUAGCGAUCGAUCUAGAUUAGUAUCGAAGCCCGAAUUCCAUCGAUAUCAGUCGCAAAACAAAGAAACAAAUUUCCGUACACUUGCUCAGAAACUCAUUUCAUACACGUUUUUGAAUAAUAAUAUAUGUUACCUUUUAAACGUAAUAAUAUAUAUAAUAUGUUUCUAGAAAGAUAAUAUUAUCGAAAUAAGUGAAAGUAGUUUGUAUUCAUUUGAAGAAUCGUAUCGAACGGAAGAGGAAGAGAUUCAGACAAUUUUUUUGGAGAUUUUCUUGCAGAGCUUUGUUAAUUUUCAAGUUUGUGAACGCUUUGAAGUUAUGAGGUUUUGAAGCUCGGAAACUUGGGAGUAUGGGAAAGUUUGGAGGGCAGCAUUGAAUAUUAAGAGCUUUGGAAUAAGACAGAAUUGGGAAGAAUUAAACUUGGAAGUUAAAGAAUUUGGAAGCUGAAGAACUUGGGAGUUAAAGAAUUUGGAAGCUGAAGAACUUGGAAGUUGAAGAAUUUGGAAGCUGAAGAACUUGGGAGUUAAAGAAUUGGUAAACUGAAGCACUCGAGAGUUAAAAAGUUCGGUAGUUACGGAAAUUUGAAGAAAUCUAGUUGAGAACGUUGGAACUUAAAAAUAUUGGAAUGGAAGUAUCAAAGAAUUCAACAGAAGUAUUGAACCGUGAAAGUGUUGCUAUUUGGAAGAUCUACAACUUGAAAGUAUUAGAACUUGAAAACAAUAGCACUUGAGAAUAUUGUAAGAUUUAGAAGUUGGAAGUAUUGGCACUUGAUAAAUUAAAAAGCAUUGAAAGCAUGAGAAUAUUGUUGAUUCAAAACAUGGAUGAUUUAGAACUAACAAGAAGAUAUAAAAGUUGGAAGUAUUAAAGCUUGAUAUAUUCAAAAUUUGACAACGUGGGGACUGAGGAGACUGAGAACUUGGGAGAAGAAGAAUUUGAAAGCAGUGGGACUUAGGAGUAUUGAACUUAGUACUAAUACCAGGGUAUUGGUAUUUGAGAAUAUUGAGACAUAGGAAUAAUGAAAAUUUGAAAGUAUCGGGAACUUGGACGUAUUGGAACGUGGAAGUAUUGGAACUUAGGAGUAUACGAACUUGAACGUAAUGAAACUUGGGUGUAUUGCAACUUGGGAGUAAUGAAACUUGGAAGUAUGACAGCUUAGAGCUAUUGGAACUAGGAAGUAUUGGAACUUGGAAGUAAUAAAACUUGAGAAUAUUGGAAUUUGGGAGUAAUGAAACUUGAGAGCAUUGGAACUUGGAAGUAUUGGAACUAGGGAGUAUUGGAACUUGUAGGUAUUGGAACUUGGAGGUAUUGGCACUUGGAGGUAUUGGAACUUGGAGGUAUUGGCACUUGGGAGUAAUGAAACUUGGGAGUAUUGGAACUUGGAGGUAUUGGA